AGCGUCUCGACAACACCAAGGCAGCCCACUAACCACCAGCAAAAUGGCCCGCACUUCCGUCCCCACCCACAAUGACAUUGCCGUCCCCGAGUCGGUGCUCAAGAAGCAGAAGGCUCACCAGAAGGCCACCGACUCCCAGGCUGCGGAGCUGAAGAAGAAGCGUGAGGCCAACAAGCAGAAGCGCGAGGUCAUCAAGGAGAGGGCCGCCAAGUACAACCAGGAGUACGUCAAGGCCGAGAGGGACAUCAUCGAGGCCAAGCGUGCCGCGAAGCGCGACAACUCUUUCUACGUCCCUGCCGAGGCCAAGCUCGCCUUUGUCGUCCGUAUCAAGGGUAUCAACAAGAUCGACCCCAAGAAGCGCAAGACUCUCCAGCUCCUCCGUCUCCUCCAGAUCAACAACGGUGUCUUCGUCAAGCUCACCAAGGCCACCUCUGAGAUGCUGAAGAUUGUCGAGCCCUUCGUCACCUACGGAUACCCCAACCUCAAGACCGUCCGUGAGCUUGUCUACAAGCGUGGUUACGGAAAGGUCAACAAGCAGCGCUUGCCCAUCACCGACAACGCCCUCAUCGAGGAGAAUCUCGGCAAGUACGGCAUCACCUGCAUUGAGGACAUCAUCCACGAGCUCUACACCGUCGGCCCCAACUUCAAGGCCGUCUCCAACUUCCUCUGGCCCUUCAAGCUCUCCUCGCCUACUGGUGGUUUCCGCACCCGCAAGUUCAAGCACUUCAUCGAGGGUGGUGACCUUGGUAACCGUGAGGAGUUCAUCAACCAGCUCGUCAGGCAGAUGAACUAAGUUUUUGUGCUUUUGUUCAUUGGGUGGAGUAACGGUUAGCUUCAAGACGAUACCAUGAAGAUUACGAUCAGUGGUCGCCCGCUCCUCGAAAGAGGAUGGAGGGCAGGCCGAGCCACAUGCUCUGGUUAGCUUAGACAAGUCUUCUGCAUGUCAGCUGAAGAAGGAAUUCAAAAGUUUAUUCCA